GCAGCUCCAGCAUUUGCCGCGUACUAGCCGUUCCACCCCCUACGAGCACAGACGUCAAAUGCGGCCCAGCCCCGUAAAGGUCAGCGCGGCUGCCCAACUGCCAUCUUGGACACGGGCGGAAGUUGAUUAAAGAGCACUACGAUGACGGUCGCCACUGCAGAGAAUGCGGCGACCUCACUAACGGCGCGGAAAGCAGAUGCGAAAGGGAUGGAAGGUGAUCUUCCGUUCCGGGACUGGAAUAUAAGAGGCUCCAGAGGGUUCCUGCGUUGCCCCUCGGUUCUAAGAUUGCGACCGAAAUUGGAUAUCCCUGUCUUUGUUUAAUGGAGGAACUCACCUUAAUUAGUUGCUAUUAAGUAGCUCCAAAAGCAGAAUCUUGAUUUAUCUGUGAGAAAUUGAAAAUCACAUUUUAAAAAGUUGCCCUUGGAUUUUUCUGCCCCCUUCCCAGCCCAGUCCCUUAUGCCGCAGACUUUUUGAACAUCUCUCGCUGUUUGGUGCUGAUCUCACUUCAUAAUGACUUUCUGUUUCAUUGGUAUUCGAAGCUUUCCUAAGCUUUGGAAGAGCAGCCCAUAUCUUGGCAGAGGCACAGGACAAUCCUAUUUUUCUCUCUUUCUCAAAGACUGUUAUGCCUUCAGGAACCAACACAAGUGGUUUUCUCUUAAAGCAUCAUCUCCACAAAAUACCAAAGCAAUGAAUCUGUUGAUUUCCAAGACCAACUAUCUCAGGAAAGGAGAUGAGCGCAACGAUGUGCAAGUUUCUUCUGAUUUGCCUCAUUUUUUUGCAGCUGGAGCAGCUAAAAAGAGAUCACAGAUGAAUCCUCAGAAUAAAGAUCAUGCCUUGCCACCUGUGAGGAACACUAUUCAACUCCCCACAAAACCCUUGAAUUCUGAGGAGUGGGAUAAACUUAAGGAAGAAUUCAAAGGAAAGGCUAAUUUUGAAAAUUGGAUCAUUUCACAAAUGAUUCGCUCCCAUAGUUCUUUAGAUGUGGCCAAAUCUCUGCUGGCCUGGGUAGCUUCAAAAAACGAUGGUAUUGUAGGCUAUGACAUGCUGGUCAAGUAUUUGUACCUCUGUGUCUUUCACAAGCAGACGUCGGAAGUUAUUGACGUCUAUGAAAUCAUGAAAGCGAGAUACAAGUGUGUAGAAUCUGGAGGGAAUACCCUUCUCAUCCGGGGACUAAUGCAUUCAGACAGAUGGAGAGAGGCCUUGCUGCUGUUAGAGGACAUGAAAAAAGUCAUGAUCCCUUCAAAAGCCAACUAUAAUGACUGUAUUGAGGGAGCCCUGCUUCAUAAAGAUAUAGACUUAGCUUGGAAUUUGUAUCAGGAAUUGUUAGGUCAUGGUCUUAAUCCUAUGCUGGAAACCUUAAAAGCCUUCUUUGACUUUGGAAAAGACAUUAAAGAUGAUCAGUAUUCAAACAAACUAUUCAACAUUCUUUUCUACCUAAGAGAUAAUCAGCUAUAUCCUGGGGAGUCAUUUGCACACAGUAUAAAAACAUGGUUUGAGAGUAUUCCUGGAGAAAAAUGGAAAGGACAAUUUACCACAAUCCAAGAAAGUGGUCAAUGUUUGGGCUGUGGAAAAACUGUAGAGUCUAUUCACCUGAGUCCAGAAGAGUAUGCCUUUCUCAAGGGAAAAAUCUUGAGUGAUGUGAUAGAUGGAGGUGACCAGUACAAAAAGACUACACCUCAGGAACUUAAGAGAUUUAAGAACUUUGUGAAAUACUGUUCUCCUUUUGAUAUUGUCAUUGAUGGCCUCAAUGUUGCCAAAAUGUUUCCUAAAGUUCGUGAAUCUCAAGUUGGAACUUCCCACUCUAUCUUUCACACUGCUCAACUAGUCUAUCCUGAUAAACAUCCAGUGGCUGUGAGUGGGGGUGGUUCCUCCCAGAGAACACAACUGCAGCUUUUUUACACACUCUUGAAUGUAGUCUCGCAACUAGCCAAGCAGAAUCUGCGACUCCUAGUCCUGGGUCGAAAGCAUAUGCUACAGCAGAGUUUUCGGUGGAGAAGAGAUGAAAUGGAAAAGGUACAAAAACAAGCCAGCUGUUUCUUUGCUGACAACAUCUCAGAGGAUGAUCCAUUUCUCCUGUAUGCUACGCUGCACUCUGGGAAUCACUGCAAGUUUAUCACAAAGGAUCUGAUGCGGGACCACAAGGCCUGUCUACCUGAUCCCAAGACCCAACGCCUGUUCUUUAAGUGGCAGCAGGGACAUCAACUGGCAAUUAUUAAUAUAGUUCCAGGAUCAAAAAUAACCUUUCAGCCUAUCCUCAGCUAUGACACAGUGGUGCAAACAACUGGAGACUCGUGGCACAUACCAUAUGAUGAAGACCUGGUGGAAAGAUAUUCCUGUGAAGUGCCAAGCAAAUGGCUUUGCCUUCACAGAAAGACAUGAAAACUCUCAUUCCCAUGCUAAAAAUGGUAGGGACGCCUUCCUGGUUGACAUUAGAGCAUUGCUGCUGUCCUGUUUAAUCCGGUUGGAUUGUAUGUCAAUAAAUUGACUUUUAAGUUAAAUGUGAUAUACUAUCUUUUCAUAGCCAGUUGCAUUUCCCCCCUAACAUUUGUUUUUGGAGGCUUAUUCAGAGUUGGGGAAGUCAAUACAGAGUAAAACCUACAUUUCCAUUAAGCCUGCUUGCUAUUCCAUUUACUUGCGCAACUGGUGUUUCGUGUAUCCAUUUUGCUGCUUCUGAUUUCACCUUCCAGGUCCACCAAUAGCAGAACCAAUCCACCUGUGCCUGGGCUACGUGUGUUAUCUGUAAGCCCAUUCUUUUCUGAUAACAUCUCAUCUUCUACAUAUUAUCUUCUACCCAUCCUGAAUCACUUAUGGUACUCUUAUAAACUGGCCAAGAUAAUCAAAAACUAAUGAGCAUAUCAUCACCAGUGAUUUGGGUUGAAGGAAAGGAGGUAAUUCCCUCCCUUUUGACUGUGAUUUUCCCUUCAUUCUAUAAUGCCUUUUCCAAAUUAGCUUAUCAUUUGCAAGCCCUAUCCUAUCACUCAUUAUGAGGGCUUUCUAAAGUAUGCAUUUUUAUUUAAUCAAAUUUGACUUUGUUUAACAAAGUGAUUAAGUUUCUCUAUUUUCCCCACUUGCUAGCCAGCUUACACCUUGCCAGGCCUUGAUUAUUCAUGCCUGCAACACCUUACGAUGUUCUUUCCUUAUAUAUUUAUUAAAUUAUAUAUAU